AUGGCCCCGACUGCUGCCACUGUUCCCUCUGCGUCUCCGUCUCCGGAACGCCGUCGGGUAGUGCUCCCGGAUCCCGUUGCGCUGAAAUAUCUUGGAGAGGACCCUGCCGUCACCGUGGUCGAAACAGGCCGUGUCCUCCAUGGUUACGAGCUAUACUUGGUCGAGCAAUGGGCCUGCUCUCGACGGUCACCCGCUUUGGCUAUCGUCACCUAUACAGGUGAUACGAAACACUCGAUAGUCGUCGGCGUCCUAGAAGUACCAAAAGAAGAGAAUGGCUGGUCCCCACGACUGGAAGCCUACUUCAAAGCGAUACAGCAGCACCAUGCUAGACCUAAGGAGACAGAGUUGGGUGAGCUCAUGGUCACUAACCUCAGCAGCUUCCCAUCCGCCUUAACUGUUAUACCCGUUCCCGACGGUGAUCUGCGCCACAACCUGCGGGUCUUCAUCGUUAACGAGAACUUGAAGCGUUUGGGGUGUUCGGGGCGCUCGGGUCUCACCUUAUCGGACCCCACGCCGGCCACCCAGGCCAAGUUUACUCAGCUAUACAAGAUAUCCGAGAAGAUCUCCUUCCAAGACGCAGUAGUCGAGCUGGUGAAACUAUGCCAGGUGGCAUUAUUUAUCUUUGGGCUGCUUGACCAGGUGUACAUCGACGGGCUCCUUUGUGACGUCACUGAAGCAGCCAUCAACAAUUGGUGGACAGAUAUCGGAUCCGAGUACUUCAACAUGGAACCGACGGAUGGAAUCUUGGGACCAACUACUGUUGCCGCUCUGUUGGGAACCCUGAUAGGUGCCAGGAACCGACUCAGUUAUUGCAAUGCUCCAGUUUCCAAGGAUGUCUUCGAUGUCGACUGCACGAAACGGGGUAUUGGAGCGUUCCAGAAAUCGCAGAAACUCGAGAGGACGCGACGCCUCGAUCGGCAAACACUUCUUAAGCUUCACCAGUUAACCGCCAAGGCCGCCGCGGGAGAGGUUUGGGGUGUACAAAAGGCUGUGAAGUCCACCGUUGCAGAAAUAGGAGGCAAGAGAGGUGAGUUGGUAAUAGGAAUGGUGGGAGGAAAAGACAAAGGGAACAUCGGUGACAUUGAAACGUUGGAUCUGGACAAGUUCAUCAACCUGACAACAGGCAAACGACCGAAGUGGCUAUGGCAUGGUAAAGCGAGGAGGACGCUCAACGAUUACGAAUACAUGGUACCUCCAUUUGGCGGGAAAGAUGUUAAAGAUGAUGUGUUAUCACAAGCCGGAAGUCGAAGGGCCCAGUCGAUGCCCAUAGACGAAGAGCAGGAAGUCAAAAAAGCGACAGAGGAGUUAAUGGGCUCAUACUCAGCACCGCCAGUCUCAGCAGCUAGUACCAUGGAUGUUCCUGCCGAUAAAGACGCUUUACGAAAAACGGUCUUCAAGAGUGUGGCUGGAAAGGUGAGCGAUGCCCGCUCAGGACUUGGCCGUAUCAGAGAUGCUGUCGGUACGGGUUUACGAAGCCACGUCAACCGCCCAUCCAAAGAGGAUGCUCCCAAUGCAGCGGCAGCGAUGAGUCUAGCCCCAAGUAUAGCAAGCUUGGCGCAUUCAUCUACUGCUUUGACAAGUCCGGUGGCGGUUGGUCGGGCAUUCACAUGGCGGUUGAGGCCAGAGGAGUAUCUGAAUGGAAUCAAGGAAAGGGACCCCAACGACUCUACACCAGUACUAUCGAUUGCCAGCACCACAACCGGAACUCCUUCGCUCAUCAGGGAGUCCUCAGGCCAGCGUCGUAGGGGAACCGACAUUACAAGACCAGAGCCCGGGGUCGCAGAAAUAGCCAAAAGCCUCGAUGCUCCAAUCACCAACUCAGUCCCAGAUCCCAACGACCUCCUGGGACCCAUCCAAACACUCGAGCGAACCACAAACCUCCCCAUUUCCCUACUCCAGCGCCGACACAGCGUCCACGCCUUCAGCCCCAACCUCAUCCUCGACCAACCUUCCAACGAAGCCAAAUAUCCCCGUCGCCUCUCCUUCAGCGCAGCCGAGGACGCCGUGCUAGGAUGGGACGAAGUCUACGACAUCAGCAACCUUUUACCACCCGACGCUGCCACAACAGCAGCCACCCAGCAACUCUCCGACGGCACCCUCUUCGAAACCCAAGCCGAGCUCGCCCGCUCCCUCUACGCGCACCUCUCGACCCUCCAAUCCGACCUCUCGCCUUGGGUCUCCUCCAAGCUGUCCUCGGUCGAAAGCCUAGACGAGACCUUUACCCAGCAGCAAGCAGAGCUGCAGUCGCUCUACCUGCACGUCAGCGACGCGUACCAGCGCAUCCGACAUUCUGGGGAGGAGAUUGUGGGCGAGGAGCGACAUAGGCUCAACGAGGCCGUCAAGGACGUGGAGGUUUUGGUCGCGAAGCUGGAGUACGAGAUCGGCGCGCUUGUAGAUAAAGUGCAGGAUGUCGAGGACGGGGUGGAGAGGUUCGAGGCGCAGGUGGCGGACGUGGAGAGAAGGGCGGAGGAGCUGAAGAACGUGCUGGAGACGGAGACGUGGUUUCAUUGGUUUGUGAGGACGUUGACGGGGAUUGGGACGGGACCGAAUAUUACGCAGGGGGUCACCACGGCGAGGAGGGGGGAGGAGGGUAAUAAGAGGGCGUGA